AAGAUCUUUGAUCCGCUCUGACAAAUUCGAUGUCGCUACACAAAGAUCUGAAGACAUCCCGUACAGGGUCACGUCAGAAUGAACUUUGUAUUAACCAAUGAAAUCUACGCUGGCAAAGUCGUUAGAGGCUACGCCAAUUUGAUAAGUCUCGAGGGUCUCCGAACGAUAAAGCUUAAAAUUUACUUCCGAAAGAAAAAAAUGGCGGCGCCCACGAAUAAACAAGACAUUGGCAGUACCCCUAAAAAAGUGUACCCGCUAGGGAAUUCCUGUCUUGUAUGCGGCUUUUCAUUUAUACAGAAGUUAGUUGAUAGUGAUGGCAACACCACUAUCAAAAAGUAUUUAGACAAGAAGCUUCGCCUUUCCGUAGAACGACUGAAAAUCGUGAAGGAUGUGUGUAACAUUACAAACGACGUCAUAUUCACUAGUGAUACCGGUGUGUGCCAAAAGUGCUUCAGAAACAUUGAAAAGGUCCUUAAAAUUGAGAAGGAAGCAGCGACGCUCCGAGACUCUUUUAAGGCGUCUGUCCAAGUUACGAUGCAAAGGUUAAGUGUCUGCGUGCCUUCCCCAUCUAAAUUUUUUAUGGAAAAGAGAGAGAUGAGGAGUCCAUUGAAGGAAAAUGUUCAGGUAAAGAGGGUCCGAACCAAUCAAACAGAUGAUCUGCUCUUAGUGCCCAUCAGACGGGUAACACCUGUCAAGCUUGUUCCAAUUCAGCCUGCUCCUCAGAUGGUGGAUACAAGCUCCAGCUCUGUAAUUACAAGCAAAGCACGUCGUUCUCUCGGGGGUGACUUUAGCAAAAAGGUAUAUGUGCAUUACCAAAGUGGAAAGAAAACAGCCCUGAUUACUUCGGAAGUUCACAGAAGCAUUUGCCGAACAAUAGUGGGAGGAAACAAUGUUGAAAGGACCAUUGUUAACAACCUUUGCUCAUCUCACCCUGAGGAGGUUACAAAUGGGGCAGCGAAAAUGAUCAAGAAAGAGGCACUUGCUCUUUGUAAGAGGGGGUCGGGGUCCAUUCUCCAGAGUAAGGACUUUAAAGAUUUUUUUGAAUUUAAGUGGCAGCAAAUGAAGGAGGAACUCCAAAGAAGAUGCCCUACAAUUCUUUCUUUACUAUCAGCUGUAGUAAGUGACCAGGAGCUCUCCAGUGAUAGCAAAUCAGUCAUCCAUGUUAUGGUAUCUGCUGCCAUUGCAUUGCAUGGGAGAAACCAGGAAAUGUCCCUUUUCCAGUACAUGAUUGCCUUUGUGUUAACUCAUGGUGGAUGUAUUCAAAGGGAUAUUGAACGACUGUCAAAUAUUGGAUUAUGUGUACAUCCGAAGACCAUUCAUAGAAAAUUAGAAACUUGGAAGGAACUAGUAGAUUUGAAAGUGAAAGAAAUGAGGGAUUCCUGGGCUGAUAGUGGAAAUGUGAAAUAUCAAUUAGUCGGGGACAAUUGGGACAAGAACAUUUUGCCAUCUUACAGGACUUCAGAACGAGGAACACUGUCACUGCAUCUCUUCAACGUCAUUGCGGUUCAAGAUAGAGUUCCACCCUUAUCGGAUCUCCACAGAAUAGAGGAAAGAGAUGCCAAACAAAUCUGUGAAUUUAUACCGUCUGUUGCUGAGCAAAAACAAUUGAAGAGAGAAUUAGUGUUCAUAUUUGCAACUUCCAUUAUUGAGCACAAUCCUCAACUUCAAAGGGUGUACAGCUCUAUUUAUCCAAAGCAUUUGGAUCACCCUUACAGUCAUUUCUCUGGGCUAAAAACAUUCCAAGGGACAGAUUAACAGACGAGAGAGUUCAAUCAGCUCAAAAAGCUAUGAAGAAUGCAGUAACAGCAAGAGAAAAAUUAGAAGGGUUUAUUUCCAAAAUAGAAGAUUUUCAUAG